UCAGCACUUGUUGUGGCUGUCCUGCGUUUCAUUCAGCUGAAGCCGAAGGUGCUAAACCCUUGGCUGAACAUCAGUGGCCUGGUGGCAUUAUGCUUGGCCUCUUUUGGGAUGACCCUACUUGGCAACUUUCAGCUUUCAAACGAUGAGGAGAUCCACAAUGUGGGCACAUCGCUGACCUUUGGCUUUGGGACCUUAGCAUGCUGGAUCCAGUCUGCUCUCACCCUCAAGAUCAACCUGAAGAAUGAGGGACGGAAAGUCGGGAUUCCACGAGUCGCCUUGUCAGCCAGCAUCACCCUCUGCGUGGUGCUCUAUUUCAUCCUCAUGGCGCAGGGCAUUCACAUGCAUGCUUCCAGGAUCCAGUGGGGCCUGGUCAUGUGCUUCCUGUGCUACUACGGCACCUUUGCAGUGGAGUUCAGGCACUACAGAUUUGAGAUCGUUUGCUCUGAGCACCAGGAAAACUUUCUGAGCUUUUCCGAAAGCUUAUCGGAAGCCUCUGAGUACCAGACAGAUCAGGUGUAG